AUUUCCAGUGUGCUACAAAUUUACGUGAUACCGUUUUGUGAGCAAGAAGAUUUUUUAAUUACAUCAGUGCUCCAAGAUACACGGAAAAGUAUUUCCAAGUAACCUUGAAGAUCCUUUGAAGUCACUGAAAGGCUGAUCAUUGAGAGCCAUAAUGGCAGACACAGGAGAUGGACCACGUUCAGGGGAAGAUCUGACAGAUGCAAAAUCUAUUCCUGGUUCCAAGGGGAAGAACCUACCUCCUAGCAAGUCGAUGGACUCUGGAAUUCUGCCAGAAUACAGUUAUAGAAUGGAUUAUCCAGAGAUGGGGCAGUGUAUAAUAAUAAACAACAAGAACUUCCACAAACACACGGGGAUGUCAUCCCGUUCGGGUACAGACGCAGAUGCUGCAAGUGUCAGAGAAGUUUUUAUGAAGUUGGGAUAUAAAAUAAAGAUCAACAAUGAUCUUUCAUGCGAGGACAUUUAUAAAGUAUUGAAAAAUGAUGGUCUUUCACACCUACCAGUGGUUUAUUGCUAAGGAUGACAUGUACAUCAUGAUUUCUAUGUUUAUUCAUCUUUGCUGUCUCUCUAUCUUUUGUGCCAUGACUGUUGUCUCCGUAUCCUUUCUCAUCUUCUAAAGAAGGCUGGAAAAAAGGCUGAAACUUAAAUGCAGACUGAUUUAUAUUCUGACCCUGGGAUCACUGAAGCUCUGUGAGUUGGAAAGAAACCUGCUUAAUUGGGUAGAGGGGUUCUGUGCUAAUGUGCUGAGUGGUUUGGCCCAAGAGGUGUCCUGAUCCGGGGGGAGGUCUGAUCAAGGGACCAGAACUGCAAGCGUGUGGACUGAAUGACUCUUUUAGAGAAACAACUUGUGUUCUGUUUGACUCGUGAAACAAAACACCCUUCUGUCAAGUGACAGCUUUAUACUACUGCUUGUGUUUGUCCUGCUUUGUUUGGACUUGGCCACAUCUAGACCAGUAAAUUAAAUGGUGCCUGGAGUUACCUGUAGCCCUGGAAUAUGGUGUGUUCUAGUUAACUGUUGGGAAGUUCUCCGGCAUGGCUGUGGCUCAUCCCCACUAGCCCUCUCCCAGACUGUCCCAGCUCACAGUUCAACAGUAAAAGUCUUCCAGGGAUUCUUCCCACCAGCCAGUUAGCCUGCAGCAAGCCUGUUUUCUUUUCUUUUAAACGUGUUUGCUAACAUAGGUGUAGGUUUAGUGCCAGUUAAUGUUUAUGCCAGAGAAUGCUCCCAGGAAUGGUUAAUUUAUUA